GGGAACCACCCUGAGCUGCAGGAGAGAGGAGGGGAAGCAAAUCUGGCUUCCAGCACAAAUAAGGAACAUGCGGCUCUCUGGAGCGAGGGGACAGAGCUCUUGGUUUGGGUUGAAGGAUUAAGUGUGGUCAGCAGUGUGAAAACUGAAAUAAUGCAACAAAAUAUAAAUAGAGAAAAUGUCCAGUGUUUCUCAUGUGUGUGUUUAGCAGUAUUGUCCACCUGUGCUAUAAUGUCAUUUAAAGGUGUUACUGACAAAGUGUGGUCUACAUAAGGCUGGUUCAGUACAAGUAUCACCGUGGUGGAAUGUGAACAGGGUGAGGAACUUAAACAUAUAGCAUGUGAUGGAAGAAAACAGGUGGCUUUGCAAAGCUAGAGAUGGGAGAGUACAGAAGGACCAAAGUGGUGUACUUGAUUGUGACGAUAACAGCCUGGAAUUGGCACCCUUUAGCCAGCCUUUUUCUUUUCUUUUUUUUUUUUUUAAUACAUUGCUCUGUGUAAGCAAGGAGGUGACAUGAACUGGAAUUAGCUACUCUUUAAGGGUAAAACUAAUCCUGUUUAGGGCUGAUAAAAUAACUCCCCUUGUGCAAGAGUUCCAGGCACUUUGGCCUGUAGAAUAAAAAGGAGUUUGUGGUUCUCUUUGCCUGCUUAGGCUCUAGCAACUAUCUUAUGAAGGAGACUGGAGAUUUGAUUAAAUUAAACUAAUUCAAAAUUAUUAGCAUUGAAGAGCCUUUGACUUAAAGAUCCCCCUCAAUACCAGUUUAUGAUUGAUCUCAGGUUCCUGCUACAGUCAUUAUGCAUCAUAAAUUUAUUGCUUUGCCUGGUGACUCUUCUGCUUACAAAUGGAGCUGCCCACCAGAUGUUGCUUAGAGUUAUUUAGGCUAAAAAAGAUCACUAAAAUGAUCAAGUCCACCUGUCAACCCAUCACCAGCAUACUCACUAAACCAUGACGCCCGAUGCUUCAUCUACGCUUUUCUCAAAUGAUUCCAGGUAUGGGCAGCUUGUUCCAGUACAUGACCACUCUUUUUUCCCUAAUAUCCAACUGGAAUCUCUCCUAGAGCAACUUAAAGCCAUUACCUCCUGUGCUGUCACUAGUUACCUGGGAGAAGAGGCUGACCCCUGCUUUGGUACAACCUCCCUUCAGGUAAUUGUAGAGAGUGAUAAGGUCUCCCCCGAGCCACCUUUUGUCCAGUCUAACAAUUCCAGUUCCCUCAGCCACUCUCCAUAAGAUUUGUGCUCCAGACUGUUCUCAGCUUUGUUACCCUUCUUUGGGACACAUUCCAGGGCCUCAGUAUCUUUCUUGUAGUGAGGGACUGCAAACGGAACACAGUACUUGAAGUGUGGCCUCACCAGUGCAGAGUACAGAGGGACAAUUAUCUCUCCAGUCCUGCAUAUCAGAUUGAACUGGUGCAUAGGAUUUGGUCAUUACAUCUAAAUUUGAGCUCAAAGAAUAACUUUAGACUCAGACUUCUUGCCUGAUACUUUUCUAGGGCAUGGUUGUGCAUAUGAAGUUAAAUUGACUUAAUCAUUUAAGUCAGGAAGAAAUUCCUGAUCCCAUUCUUGUAUGUGUUGCUCUGAAACUCCAUGUCAGCUACUGGGACUCACUUCUAGUUGAAUCUCUUGAAGUGCGUUGCAACAAGAAAGCAAGAAAUUAUACUCAGCAAACAAAUAACCAGCUACAUUGGCUUCAUCUGCGUGCACAUUGUAUCCUUGUAAGUUAUGGCAGUCUUGAUUACAUCUUCUGUAGCCUGAGUUCAGCUCUUUUCUGAGUCAGUGUCAUGUUGGUGUAGUGGGCUAACCUUGGCAGGCAGCAAAAUGCCGCACAGUUUGCACACUUUCCUGUUCCACCAGCAGUAGGGUGAGGGAAGAGGAGAAGAAGAAUAAAAGUGUGAAAACUUGUGAGUCCAGAUACAAUAAAAAAAAAGUUUAGUGCACGAUGGAGAAGUUAAAUAAGAGACAAAGAAAAUGAAACAAGUGAUGCAAAAGCAAUCGCUCACUAACUCCCAUGAGUAGACUGAUGCCCAGCCAGUUCCUGAGCAAGAGAUGGCUAACUCCUAAAGCCCCCUCUCUUCCUCUUUAUUACUGAGCAUGAUGAUAUGUGCAUGGAAUAUCUCUUUGUUCAGCUGUGGUCAGCUGUCCCAGCUGUGUCCCCACCCAACCUCUUGCGCACCCUCAGAUCUAUUCACUGAAAGGCUAAAGUGAGAGACAAGGCCUUGGCACUGUGCAAGUGCUGUUCAGCAGAGGAUAAAAAAUAGUGUGUUACUAGCAUUGUUUUACUCACAAAUCUAAAGCACAGCAUCAUAUGAGCACUAUGAAAAAAAUUAAUGCCAUGCCAGCCACAGCCAGUACUAUGCGUACUGCAGAUGUGGGCUUUCCUAUAUAUCUUGUGAGCUGCAGUUCAGGUUUGAUGCAGGUUUUUCUCAGUCCCAUGUGUUGUUUAAAUUCAGAUAAUUCUAGGUCUUUACCAUGAAAGACAUAUUUAAAUAUGUCUUUCGUAUGAUGGGCCUUUCCUAGCCCAUGGUUUGCACCCAUCUCUUCUGGGCAGCAAGGAAACAUUCAUAUUCAGAGCCCUUCAAAUCCACCUUUGGGACCAUACCAUGUUUCCAAUCAGCUGAAGGGCAGCUAGCUCCUCUGUGUAUUUUUUUUUCAUACAAGUACAGUGCUUGUGCAGUCUCUUGUGCUUUGGGAAGAGCUCUUAAAACAUCUGCAAAUCCUCAACUGCCUUAAGAUCUCUCAUUAAAGCCCUCCUUUGUGCAGCGAAGCCUACAGUCACUGAAAGAAUGGCUUGACAGAUGAGCAUUGGAAACUGCAUGUUCUGAUACUUGUCUGUCCUUUCACUCAUGAAAUCUAGUCUCACUGAAGCAAAAAUUGUCUUUCAUUCUGAUCUGUAUAUGCUUAGUGCCUGAUUAUGCAGGGUCCCUCCCAUGCACAGUGCAUACAUAGCACAAAAAAUCUCAAGGCUUGUUGCCUGCUUCAGCUGCAUGCCCAGUAUGCUUGCUCCAAUUGUAGUCAGUGGAAAAACUCUCAGACACAAUUGCACAUUCAGAGCCCUAAGUAGGCUCUGCAGCACAUGGGUAUGUGACUACUCCAUCCCUGGAAUAGUUCUGAUGUCUUGCAUUUGGGUACUAAUUGCUUUCAUCAGAAUUCCUUUGGGAUUACAUUUCUUAAGCCUUCUAGCAUUGGGCUGCUAGGAACCCCUAAAACACAUUUAACAGUAAACUGAACUAAGGAGUACAAUACAAUAUGUUCUUGUAACUGAGAUUAACAAAUUUCUUGUAAUGAUUAAGGAAUGCAAACCAUAAGAAUAACAGUGAUGUCUGCUUAUAUUUCAGUGCUGAUUUUGAAGGUUCUCUUUACUGUCGCUGUGCUAUUAGGGCAUGAUACAUAUCCAGUCCUUGGAGAAGACCCUUGUCCUGAGUAUUUGUUCUGUAGAAAAAGUGGUUGGAAGGUACCUAGAGGUCAUCUUGUCCAGCAUCCCAUUUGAAGCGGGACUUUUGCCAUCACUAAACCAAUUUGGUCACUGCUUUGCCUAGCUUGAUCUUGAAAGCCCCUAAUUUCCAUUCUAUUGAAAUUCUACCACCUCUCAGGGCAGGGCUGGGCUGAUCUAUCUCCUCAUGACAGCUUCUUUCUUAAUGUCUGUCCUGAACCUUCCAGGCUGCAGUUUGUGCCCGUGGUUCCUUGCCUGGGGACCCUAGCAUGUUUUGCUGUACAUCUGCUUAUUGUGUCCUGAGCUUUCUGUUGAAACAUUUUUAAUAGACUGUUGUCCUUUGAUAGACCGUGCCUAAAUUCUUGGUGUCUGGUUUACUAGGUAGCACAGCAAUCUAUUGCAAGCCAGUGUCCAAUGAUUGUCUCUUUAGGGAGGUUAGGAAUCCAGGACAAGGAAGGCAGGGGAAGGGAGGAGAAUGGUGGGUGGAGAAGGAAGUUAGAAACAAACUGAAAACCACUAAGACACAAGGAGGAGCUCAAAGCCCCUCAACAGCUGAUGGCAAUGGGUUGCUGUUUGCUAACAAAGUCUGAAAUGAAGUCAAACUUGUUCUGUCCCAAGAACAGCUCUGGCAGCUCCUGAAUCCGGUCCAACCCCAGUUCCAGGAUGAGGAACAUCAAAACCUCCUUGUCUAUGAAAUCAGUGUCCAUAACAUUCAAGGUCAGAGCCGGUGAGGGCAUGUGCUGCAUGCCCGGGUGCUGGCUGGGCCCCACUCUGUACUGCUGAGCACCAGCUCCCAUGGGCCCGUUGCUCUGGGUCUUCUGGGAGCACUGGUCCCUAGGUGGGACUAAAGCUGCUGAACGUGGGACUGUGAAGUGCUGUGGCUUUGACUUGCACCUUUUUCCCAGCUCUUCAUCAAUGUUGUGGGAGCCCUGGGUCCUCCACAGACCACAGCUACGAAAAGCCACUGUUCAGCUCUUGACAGCAGAGCAAUGGGACUGUGGAAUGUACACAGCCCAGGAGUGCUCUGUCUGCUGGGAAAUCCCCACAGUAUUCCAGGGUGGCCACUGCUACUGGCACGCUACAGAUUUCUCACAGAUGGGAAGCAGUCACAGGAGGUUUCUCAUUCCUUCUAAUUUGUAUCAAAAACUAACCCCAAAGAAGAACUGCAAAUUGGAAGCUACUUUCUGGCUCUUUCUCUUUGCUGAUGUCCCCCUGACAUAUUUAGUAAUUAAUUGUCAAAUAUGUUUCUUGUUAAAAUCCACGAGGUGGCACGGUUCACCUGGUUUGCCGCAAUAAGGAACGAGCUGAGGACGCCAAAGGAGAAAUAGUGACAGAAACUGGCAAUCAGAAUAUCUUCUUGCAUAUUGUGGAUAUUUCUAACCCCAAAGAAAUCUGGAAGUUUGCUGAAAAGUUCAAAACUGAACAUAAAUUGAAUGUGUUGGAAUUGUUUUACAGAUUAACAAUGCAGGGUGUAUGGUGAACAACAGAGAGUUAACUGAAAAUGGACUUGAAAAAAACUUUGCAACAAAUACCUUGGGUACAUACGUUCUGACAACUGCCCUGCUGCCCCUCCUAGAAAAAGAAGCUGACGCCAGAGUGGUAACUGUCUCUUCUGGGGGCAUGCUAGUUCAAAAACUAGACAUAUCUGACUUGCAAUCAGGAAGUGGGACGUUUGAUGGAACUAUGGUGUAUGCUCAAAACAAGAGACAGCAAGUUGUCUUGACAGAACAGUGGGCAAAAACUCACAGAAGCAUCCAUUUCUCUGUUAUGCACCCGGGCUGGGCAGACACUCCAGCUGUGAGGUCGUCGAUGCCAGACUUCUAUCAGAAGAUGAAGAACAGCCUGCGUACAGAGGCGCAGGGAGCUGAUACUGUGGUGUGGUUGGCAGUAUCAUCUGAGGCAGCAAAGUUACCCAGCGGCCUCUUCUUCCAAGACAGGCAACCAGUCCCUACACACCUACCCUUAGCAAGAACCCACAGCCCACCAGGGGAUGAGGAGAAGCUAAUGGAGGUGCUGGAAGAAUUCUCCCAGAAGUUCAAAUCCACUUCUCCAGGAUCCCCUCAGUGCUGCUAAAGAUCAUGGAGCAGAUCUUCCUGGAAAAUAUGCUAAGGCACAUGGAACAGAGGGACAUGAUAUGGGAUAACCAGCAUGGCUUCACCAAGGGCAGGUCCUGCCUGACCAACUUUGUUGCUUUUUAUGACGGUGUAACUGCAUCAGUAGACAAGGAAAGAGCCACUGAUGUCAUCUAUGUGGACUUCAGAAAGGCCACAGUCCCCCAUAACAGCUUUCUCUCCAAAUUGGAAAGGGACAGAAUAUUAUAACAUUCUUCUCUCCAAAGUGGAAAGGUAUGGAUUUGAUGAGUGGACAGUUCAGUGGACAAGGAAGUGGGACCAUACCUUGAGAGUGGUGAUCUAUGCAUUGAUGUGCAGAUAGAGAUCAGUUACAAGUGGUGUUCCUCAGGGGUCAUUACUGGGACCUGUACUUUUUAACAUCUUAAUUAAUGAACAGUGGAUCGAGUGCACCCUCAGCAAGUUUUGCAGAUGAUGCCAAGCUGUCUGGUGCAGUUGAUACACCUGGGGAACAGGAUGCCAUUGAGAGAGACCUAGACUGCCUUGAGCAGUGGGCCCAGGAGAACCUCCUGAGGUUCAAUAAAUCCAUAUGCAAGGUCCUGCACCUGGGUUGUGGUAACCUCUGCUACCAGUGCAAACUGGGGGAUGUAAGCAUGGAGCACCAUCGCAAGGGACCUGAAUGAACAGGUGGAUGGGAAGCUGGACAUGAACCAGCAAUGGACCCUCGCAGCCCAGAGAAUCAACCAUAUCCUUACAAAGCAGUGUGGCUGGCAGGGCGAGGGAGUUCAUCCUGCCUUUCUGCUCUGCACUGUGAGGCCCCACCUGGAGUACUGCAUCCAGAUGUGGAGUUCCCAGCACAGGAGAGACACAGACCUGUUGGAGUGCAUGCAGAGGAGGGCAGCAAAAAUGAUCGCCUCUCCUGGUGAUCAUUUUUGACGGAGCUGGGACUGUUCAGCCUGGAAAAGAGAAGGUCUGCCAGGGAGACCUGAAAGCAGCCUUUCAGUACCUAAAGGGGGGCUGUAAGGAGGAAGGGAACAGACUCUUUAGCAGGGUCUGCUGUGACAGGACAAGGGGAAAUGGUUUCAAACUAAAAGAGAGGAGAUUUAGAUUGGACACGAGGAAGAGGUUUUUUACUACUUUUUUACAGAGGUGAGGCACUGGAACAGGAUGCCCAGAGAGGUGGUGGAUGCCCCAUCCCUGGAGACACCCAAGGUCAGGCUGGAUGGGCUCUGAGUACCUGACAGAGCUGUAGGUGUCCCUGUUUGUUGCAGGGGAGUUGGACCAGAUGGCCUUUAGGGGUCCCUUCCAACUCAAAAAAUCCACUGAUCCUAUAAUCUUAGCAUCACUGCUGAUACAGCAUAACCACAAAGCUUUUAAUUACUAACAGUGCUGUAGUGUACCUUCAGUGGAGGAGAGGUAGGAUACCAUAGGCCUGUUAAAAAUAAAUUGUAUUCAGAUGUGCUCAUUGUGGGGAAUGGUGGUCCCUGCAAAUUUGUUCUGUUCCUGAGAGUCUCACCCACUGUGAGUACACACGUACUGUCUGAAGACACAGUAAGGAUGCAGUCUUUGAAUUGGACAGAAAAUUUGGGAGGCAUUAAAAUGAAACCCAAGUGACAGCUCCGAGCUUUGUGAAGUUAACCAAAAUCUUCUGAAGGACGUAGCACACAGAGAAAUGCAGAGGAGUGUACCUUCAGAAGUCUUCAGGAAAUAAAUGGUUAAAGUUUCAAAUGAUAUUUAAACACUGUAUUUGACAGGGUGGUUGCUUCCUUCGGCAUAUGAAGAUGACUAGGCUCAAAUGUGUCACUGGGAAUGCAGAAACUCCUGCAUCACUUGCUUAGUUUAAAUGGAAGGAUUCUGCACAGUCUUCAGUUUCUAUAAAUCAGUGCUGGUAUGCAGAAAUGAUCUGCUUCUUCAUGUUUAAACAGCAAGAAUUUAGGAACGCUGCCAAAUGCUUUCCACAUUACUUUAUGGAGCCAGGACUGAAUAUUAUCCUGUUUAUGUCAAGACACUAUGAAGUAGGAGGCUUUAACACAUUCCACACCCAGACACAGUUGGAUCCCUCCCCUUCAGGAAGCAGAGAAAUGGCUCCAUGACUCUGGGCAGGAAAACAAAUAGCAUACUAAGCUGUACGUGCUUGCCAUUUCUGUGAAAGAUUGGGGAAUUGCUUUAUCAUAACAAAUGGAAUACGAAGGGAAAGGGAAAAUGGGAGGCACAGGCUUUAGAGAACUCCAUCUCCUGAUAAGAGAAUUUUGCCUGGAACUGUUUUAUUUGUAGACACAGAAGGUAGAAUCUGUCUUACCUGAUCUGCAGAAUUACUCACUGGAAUUCUCACUCUAAAUCAGUAGAGAGAAAACAAGCUCCUUUACAGUGAUUUAAUGGAUCUAGUUUAAGAAGCCCUUACAUUUCUGCUUCUUUCUAAUGACUGUGAAGAUAACCAGCUCAUAACAAAGACAUUCUAGUGGGAUUAUCUUUAUCUUUUAUACUACAAAUGUACUGCAAAGCCAAGACUGUUAUCAGCAAUCCCGGUGACAUGUUUUUCUCCUGAGCCAACUGUGCUUGCUGGCAAACUGCAUCCAAAACCCCCAAAAACUACACUACUGUUUCUACACAUCACUGUGGAUCGGUGUGAUACGUCAAAAGAACUAGAAAUAAAAAUACCACAGGUGUUCUUUGGAGCUCUCUACGAUGACUGAUGGGCAAGGAACACAUUAUGUUUACUUCACAUAAUCGAGUUUCCCAAAAAAUUGGUUGAACACAGUCCCGGAUCAGACCUUUCCAUUUUCAAUUCAGUCAAUUACUGAAUCUUUGGAAUGACAGCAUUUUUUUGAAGACAUAAUCAUAGAAUCACAGAAUGGCUUGGGUUGGAAGGGACCUUAAAGCCCAUCCAGUCCCAAUCCCCUCUCAGGGCAGUGCCAGCCAGCGGCUCAGGUUGCCCAUGGCUCCAUCCAACCUGGCCUUGAGUGCCUCCAGGAAUGGGGCAUCCACAGCUUUUCUGGGCAGGCCAGGUUGAAUGGGGUCCUGGGCAGCCUGAGCUGCUGGCUGACAGCCCUGCGCACAGCAGGGGGAUGGGACUGGAUGGGCUUUAAGGUCCCUUCCAACCCAAGCCAUUCUGUGAUUCUGUGAACUACAGCUAUUGAAAACAAAAGCCUGACUGAAAGGCUUAAGUAGUAACUGCAUUUCUCAGUCUAGUAGCUGCAAAGCUAAUAAAAACAAUAUAUACUUGAGUGUUUAAGUCAAGUUGCUUCACAGCUCUGCAGAAGAAAAGUUUAAUGACUUAAUGAUACUUAAAUAGUUCAUAAAAUAACCCAAAGUGCUCUUUAACAUAUAUUAAAUGUACAUUCUUUACUAGUUUAUUAAUAUAUCCUGUAUUUUUCGUUAUAGUCACUGCUUACAGUGGAAAUAAAACCAUAAAACUGCUUUAA